GCUGCAGCUGCUCCGCGCCCCUCCCGCCCCGCUCCGCGCCGCCGCCGCCGCCGCUCUCAGCCUCUCCCCGCACGGCUCCCUGCACAACGGCUCCCGCUGGUCGCUCUCCUUCGACAUGUCCUCGCUGUCCAGCAGCCAGGAGGUCAGUCUGGCCCAGCUCCGUGUCCGUCUGUCCGGCCUCUCCCGCGCCCACAACGCCUCCCUGGACAUCUACCACAGCCAGCGCCGCCGGUGCCGCCCGGGCGGGGCUUGCCCCCACCAGCUCUUCCUGGGCACCGUGGUUGGCACCCCCUCUGCCAGCCAGGCCUCCUGGAAAGUCUUUGAGGUCACCGACCUGCUGCGGCGCUGGCUGCACCAAGCCGUGCCCGCCGGGCAGCAGAGCCGGUGGGAUGUGAACGGCUCCGCCGCUCCCGCCGCACCGGGAGACACCGACAGCACCGGGGACGCGGCAGACAGCGUGCUGCUGCUCGUCUUCUCCAAGGACAAGUCUCCGGGCGAGCACAGCCUCAUCAGGACGGCCGAGACAUCCAAGUACAUCAUGCGGGAGAGCGGCUGGAGGGGCGCGGGGCCGCGGCGGCAGCGCAGGACCAGGACGGACAGACAGCGCAUCAGAGGCGGCGCCCCGCGGGAGCAGGGCCGGCAGCAGGGCCGGCCGCUGUGCCGCAGGGUGGACAUGAUGGUGGAUUUCGAGCAGACGGGCUGGGGCAGCUGGAUCGUGUACCCCAAGAAGUACAACGCCUAUCGCUGCGAGGGGCUGUGCCCCUCGCCCGUGGAUGAGACGUUCAAACCCACCAACCACGCCUACAUCCAGAGUCUGCUGCAGCUCUACAAGCCCAACCUGGUGCCGUGCCCCGCCUGCUCCCCGGUGAAGAUGAGCCCCCUCUCCAUGCUCUACUACGAGAGGGGCGAGGUCGUGGUCCGCCACCACGAGGACAUGAUCGUCGAGGAGUGUGGCUGCAACUGAGGCACGGCCAGGAAGGUGCACAGGAGUGCCCCAAGGACCCAGGAGCACUGCACGGAGCAGCAGGGUGU